AGCAAACAUAACCUUAAAAUAUCGGGUGAUGUCAGUGUGAUAUCGGUUUAUCCCUGCUUGUUUGGAUUUUUGUAAACUUGAUCUGCCUUAAAUUUAUAUUUUUUGUGACCCCACGGUCAGAAUGUCUGAUGAGGAAGUAAUUAAAAGGAGGCUGAUCUUCGAUGGAUAUGGUACUGGAGACGACAGAAGGUUCAAUCUCAUGCUGAAACAACUAACAAAAUGGACCAACCACCCAGAUGAUUCCUCAGAAGAAUACAAACACAUGUACGACAAGAUCUUAGCCCAAUUGAGCUUAACAGAACAUUCCCGUAAAAAGGCUGAACUAGUUGUUAGAGCCAAUAAUGAUCAGUUGAACAAAUAUCAGCAAUUACAUGGCGACUUUGAACAGCAGAUCAACGACAUCAAAAACGAAAUCGCGAAUCAAAAGGUAGAACUAGAAAAUGCCAAAAAGGUAAAACAGAAUCGGAUACAGUAUGACAUGUUGGCAAGGUCUAUAGAAGCAGAACCUCCAAGAAAACAGAUGAAUGCUCAACUGACUCGACUUCAGGAGGAACUGAAAGCGUUGGGCGAAGAGAAGAAGAAGCUUGUUGGUAAGCUGGAUAAGAGGAAGAAACAGUUUUAUGUAUUAUCUACUUCAGCAAAUCAGCUAAGAAUGUACUUAGAAGAAGAUAAUAAUGAUUGUAGUGUAAUUGAGGGUCCUAUGGAAGUUAUUGAUGUUAGUAAUAGUCCUGAACCAAUGAGUGAAUGAGAUUCUUAGGCUUAUUUUUGUUUUAAUGUAUCUUGUAAAUGUUUCAAUGGAACUCAUUUAAGUUUAGUAAAUUUUUGCUUUAAUGUAUUUUGUAUGUUUUAAUGAAACACGUUUAAGUUUAGUAAAUGGGCCAAAUUGAUAAAUGAAAGUGGUAGCACUUUUAGGAUAUUUUGUACCACUUUAUAGUUAGCUAAUUAAAGCUAUGACAGUAUAAGGUGUACUUGUCUUGUCAUUGGAAGCUGCCUGGUUAUGCAUUGAAUGGUCUCAAAAAAAUCACUUCAUCAUUUUAUCUGUAAGUGCAUAAUUCUAAGACCUUUCUGCUCCUAUUCAAUAAAUUGUACCCCAGUUGUAACA